CAACUGUUUUACUUACCAAAUUCGAUCAAAAAUACUUCCAAGAUCAAAUUUUCAAUAUGACAAUGGCAAGAGAUGAAAAUUCUUAUCAAGUACACAAGUUAACAAUUGGAAGUCGUUUCAGUUAUCCCUCCAAACCUGCCUCCAGCUAUGGGGCGCCCAGGCUGCUUGAUCUUACGCUACCGUCGCCUAGAUCGCGACGGCAGGGACAAAGAAUGCCAACGGAAUACCGACGAAAACAUUCAUGUAGGUAAUCCAUACGGUGAACCACUAGAGCCCUGUAAAAAUGUAAAGGUUGGCGAGGAGUCCUAAGCAUUGAUAUUGCAUCUGAUUACACACACAACUUUUCCAUUUCCAAUAAUAUAUUCGUUCUGCCGCACCUUUUACGGACAACACGCAUGAUGAUCCCUUCGAUAUAGAAGAGUAGACUCAUUCGUCGAAUCUUGUUACUUAACACGAGUAACAGUUACGCUGAGUGCAUAAUUGACGUCUUUAUACACGCCGGUCACCCUCCCUAGUAGAAAGGGAGUAGAAAAGAAACUCGAUCAUAGAAGCUAAACACCUUCAUCCGACCGGACAUACACUCGCAACUCCGAGCCUGCCCAAUACAUAGUUGCUGGGUAGACACGCAUCUAAUUUUCCUACAACCUUCCCUCCUUGCCUAUUUGCCCCUUGUCAACCAAUCCACAGGUAAAUCCCGACAAUCGCACCUGUAUCGCAAACAUACAUCAACAACAAGGCCGACACCAUGGUCCACCAACCAGAGCAUCAACAGCCGCCCGCGAGUGACUCGGAGGACGUCACAAUCUCCAAUAGCAGUUUCGUAGCCACGAGCGAGAAGGUUGAUGUCGAAAAUGCAAAUGCAUCCCCCGCAGCGCCCGCGGCCCCGGAGCCUCCCCGGACGGGUCCUCCACCGCCACCCAAUGGUGGUCUCGUCGCCUGGCUCCAUGUGCUCGGCGGCUUCAUGCUAUUCUUCAACACCUGGGGUAUUCUGAACGCCUUCGGUGUCUUCCAGACGUACUAUGAGGGAGGCGCGAUGUUCGAGAGGUCAUCCUCGGAUAUCUCGUGGAUCGGAUCUAUCCAAUCGUUCAUGGUGCUGCUCGGUGGUGUCUUCGCCGGUCCUAUCUACGACAGAGGAUACUUAAGACAUCUAUUGAUUCUUGGCAGUUUCGGCAUCGUGUUCGGACACAUGAUGUUGAGUCUUUGCACACAAUAUUGGGAGGUGGUUCUAGCUCAGGGUCUUUGUGUUGGGCUGGGAGCCGGUAUGCUAUUCGUGCCUUGCGUCUCCAUUCUCCCUACCUACUUCAGCACCAAGCUCGGUCUGGCAGUUGGUCUGGCAUCAGCAGGUUCCUCCGUCGGCGGUGUUAUCUACCCCAUCGUCUUGUACCAGCUCUUAGACAAGGUUGGGUACGCCUGGUCGGUCCGUAUCAUGGGCUUCAUUGCCUUAGCGACCCUUCUCAUCCCCAUCAGUAUUAUGAAGAUGAGAUUCAAGGCCCCGAAAGCCAGAUCUCUGAUCGACUGGACCGCGUUCCGAGAUGUCCCUUACAUGUUCUUUACUCUCACUACUUUCAUUGGAUUCAUGGGACUGAGCAUUCUCAUUUUCUACAUCUCCUUUUAUCCUCAGGAGCAAGGACUUACUGACGAGGCGCUCUCCUUCUACAUGGUCCCUAUCUUCAACGCCGCAUCUUGUUUCGGCCGAAUUCUCCCCAAUGCCUUGUCCGACAAGAUUGGCCCGUUCAACGUUGUCGCGCCUUGCUCGCUCAUCACCGGUAUUCUGAUGCUCUGCUUAAUGGCAGCUCACACCAGGGGAGCGGUGAUUGCCAUCGCGGUCCUCGUUGGUUUCUUUAGCGGCGUGUUCAUCGCUAUGCCUCCGGUCUGCUUCUUCCCCCUGACUCAGGAUAAGUCGAAGCUCGGAACUAGAAUAGGUAUGGGUUUCGGUAUCAUUGCCCUAGGUCUACUGGCUGGUGGCCCGAUAGCUGGUGCUAUUCUCGGAAACGUGAAGCCGCUAAACUGGUAUGGUCUAUGGGGAUUCGGUGGAGGUGUAGCUACCCUCUCCGGUUUUUUGUACUCGGCAUUGAGGGUGUACCGUUCCGGCUUCGCAUUGAACAUCAAGGCGUAAUCGUAUCGCACAAGCUACUCCCUAACGACACAUUCGCAUUGCAUAUGCGGGACCUAAUCAAGGGUUCUUCGAGACUGAAGGAAAAUUGCAUGGUACCAUUGUAUAGAAGGCAGAGUGAGCCGGGUAUUCUCGCGAUUGGUACAUAAGUUUGGGCACCGUAGGAUAUCAGGCAAAAAUUUGGGGAUUGGAGCUCUAGUUAGGCUUGAAGGCUUCGGCCGUACGCGCCUUGCAUACGAGAGGAGCUGGCGAUUUGAGAUUGAAAAUGGUUAUAAGGCAUAGCAAACUUCGUUUCUUUACCUAGACAUUCGUUGCAUCAUAGUAGACUUUACAAUAUCCAUUAGCGAUCUAAUUAUUAUACCCCACUAAUGCGAACCUUUAACCAUAA